AUGGCAGAGGGAGAGGAACAGCAGGACAUGCCUCGGGAUGCGAAAAUCGUGAAAUCUCUGCUGAAAUCAAUGGGGGUGGAAGAAUACGAGCCUCGGGUCAUUCAUCAGUUCUUGGAGCUCUGGUACAGAUACGUUGUGGACGUACUCACCGACGCCCAGGUCUACUCCGAGCACGCCGGUAAAUCCGUCAUUGAUUCCGACGACGUUAAGCUUGCUAUUCAAUCUAAAGUCAAUUUCAGCUUCUCCCAGCCCCCUCCUCGUGAGGUUCUACUUGAGUUGGCUAGAAACAAAAACAAGAUCCCUUUACCAAAAACUAUCAAUCCAACUGGAAUUCCACUCCCUCCAGAACAGGACACCUUGAUUAGUCCCAACUACCAAUUUGCUAUCAGAAAGACUCAAACCAAGCAACCAGUUGAUGAAACAGAGGAUGACGAAGACGCUUCUGAUCCCAACCCCAACCCAAACCCAAACCCCAACCCUUCCCAAGAACAGAGGUCCGAUGUCUUUCAAGGCACUCCACAACGCGUAUCUUUCCCGCUUGGACCCAAACGAACAAGAUGA